AUGAAUAAUAUACUUGUAGAAGUACAAAGGAAUUUACGACAUGAACCCUCAACCCGGACAUUCGUCAAAUCGGGAUGUUAUCCCAGGAUAGGCGUCAUAAAUCCGGAUUCGAUUCUCGACAUUCCAUACUUGGAGCUCGCGGAGCCGGAUGAAGGAUACCACGGGCUGAUCAGAGAGAACGAGACCCUGGUGGAAGUGAGGCCUACGAUACGUGCCAGGGGUCCGCUAUGCUCCUUCCUCAUACUGAAUAAUAAGCAUCAUGGGGAGGCGCCGUUCGAGAUAAUGGUGAUUGACGAGAAUGAGGCGCGACUGCGGGUCCGGUACCCGCUAAACUGUGAAAAGAGACGAAAUUACAAAUUUGACAUCGCCGCUGUCGGAUGUGAUGGCUCCUAUUCUAACACCGUCCCAGUCCACAUAACAGUAACGGACGUGAACGAAUUCGCACCAAUCUUCAGCCAAGCGGCGUACGUUCGAUCUGUGGACGAAGGCAAGAUUUACGACGAAAUUGUUAAAGUUGAGGCCACUGAUCGGGACUGUACACCGCGAUAUGGAGAUAUCUGCAAAUACGAGAUCUUGACUGAUAGAAGCCAGCCGUUUACUAUUAAUAAUGAAGGUGUAAUCCGCAACACGGAACCACUAGACUACGAGAAAUCUCACAACCACAUCUUAUCAGUGGUGGCGUACGACUGUGGGAUGAUGCAAUCCGCACCAGUCAUGGUCACCAUCAAAGUAAACAAGCCCUGCAGAGCUGGAUGGAAAGGAAUCGCAGAACGCGUGGACUACGCUCCCGGCACUGGCCCUCUGGCCCUAUUCCCCGCUGCGAGAUUGGAAGCGUGCUCGAGCGACGAACGCUGCCCCGGCGUGACGCGGAUUCAGGCCGCCGUGACACUGCAAGCGUCACGCGUGGGCGUCGCAUGCGAUCGCGACACGUAUACGUUGCAGGCACAGAAGUCCAUUUGCGGUAUGGAAUCCAACACGAUUGACUUACUACCAAGCCCUGGCGUCGGCAACGAAUGGACCAAGUCUUUGAAGCCUGAUUCGGGUCGUGACGGUGAACAAAUGUUUGAAUUCGACGGUGAGUCUACGUCUGCCGUGGUGCCGGAAUCACUGAUGAAGCACACCCUCGGGACCACCUUCUCAGUCUCCACCUGGCUCCGUCACGCCCCACCACCGGAUCACGACAAGCACCGCAAAGAGCAUAUCCUGUGUCUCGCUGAUGACCAUAAAAUGAACAGACACCACUACGCGUUGUUCGUGCGAAACUGUCGUCUGAUCCUUCUCCUGAGGAGGGACUUUGGAGAGGGUGAUCUGAACAUCUUCAGACCUGCUGAGUGGCGCUGGAAGCUACCAGAGGUGUGUGACGACGAAUGGCAUCACUACGCUGUCAACGUACGUUUCCCGAACGUGGAGUUGUACGUGGACGGCGAGCUUUACCGCGCUUUGGACGGAAAGGGACCGGAAGUUAUAGAUGACUGGCCUCUUCACCCCGCCCAUGGAAUUAAUACUACGCUCGUGGUUGGGGCUUGCUGGCAAGGUACAGAAAGCGACAUGAAGCACCACCUCCACGGAUGGAUGGCAGGUCUCGGAGUGGUCGAAGGCGAAGUACAAUCUCCAGCAGCUUUACGCUGCGCCGCUAGAUGUCGCGAGGGAUUGUCUUUGGCGCCUGAUCUAUAUCUGAAAUCCGUAUCAGUAGAGGGAGACGGCGCAUCCGAAGUUGAGACUUUGGUACGUCGUGUCGCGUACGGUGAUGCACGAUCAUUCCCGACCCCUGGAAGACGGAACGUACAUCUGGAUACUACUAUUACUUGCGAUAACGGCCGUGUGAUCAAAGCGAGACCGGCUGAAUCAUACGUGAUGGUACUCUCGCCCCAAACACCAACAAUCCUGCUGAACGGCAGCUCUGAUGCUGCAAGGGACUACGCCCAUUUCAGAGCUGGUCUUCCGGUCUUUCCGGACUUGGAAGUUAAGGUUUUGUCACGUGAUAGGGAUUCACUGAGAGAAGCAGACACACAGAAAUUAGAUUCGUGCGUCGUAUCCGUAUAUCCGGCUUUGAAUCCGGAUCAUGAAGCUCUCGCUCUACGCGGACACUCGGUCCUGCCCGCUUCGGAUAUCCGGGCAACUCUUACUCGGGACGGAGUCAGUUUAACUGGUGCCGAUACUGUGUAUAAUUACCAAAAGGUCUUACGUGAAAUCGAAUAUAGCAACAAAAAGCCUGCCUACUACCUCAACCGCGUGUUUAAGCUCACGUGUUCGGAGCUCAACGGACGAUUUACGAGCAACGAAUACGUGCAAACGUUGACAGUGGUUCAUCCCCGAGCCGCAGGUGAUUUACACGCUCAAAGGCCGAGUGGACUGGCCGAUAAACUUGACGCUGUUGUCAGAGAUAAGUCUGGUGAAGCGGCAGUGGCUGCUCAAGUUCCGCGUGCGUUCGCUGCUCACGCCCUUCACUCCAUACAUUCAGCUGAUAUGCCUUCACCGCGUUUAUUGGAUAUACAUCAUGACAACAACAACGUAGCCCUAGUGAUCGGCGCGGUUUGCUUCGGCGCCGUAGUCGUGCUUAUAGCUCUGGGCAUCGCCCGCUCUCGUGCAGCACGACACGACGCAACAUCGCGCGACUCACGUGCGACUGUCGCGCGUCACCGUGUGCCGGCGAACGACUCUGAAAUGGCCUGGGACGACUCUGCGUUGACUAUCACUGUCAAUCCAAUGGACGAGAGCGCCCCUAAAAGUGGUGUGUCGACGAAUGGCGCAGUGGCGUGUGACAGUUCGGACGAGUCGUGCUCUGAUUCUGACACUGACAGACAUGAUUCUUCCGAUGAAGAGGAUGAAGUAAUACAAGGAAAGCAGCACAAGUACAGAAACAUCAGCCAGCUAGAGUGGGACAACAGCACGAUGUAA